AUGGAAGCAUUCUCGGCUGUAUCUUUCAGUCGACCUAGUUUCUUCAAUAAUGUAAUGAUUGACACCAGCGAAUGUAGAAUUUUAAAUAGUACCUGCGUUGAUCACACUAGGAUGCUGCAAUAUCUUUAUUCACAUCCCCACAAGCGAAGCAAAUUAGUUUUGUGCAAAUUAGUUUUGUCGAGCAGUUUUGGAGUGGGAUCUUGUUUAUCUGGUUGCCACGGUCAUAAUUCAUGGCAUACAACUCUGACACCUUUCAGGCAUCCUUCCCAAUUAUGUUCAUUGAGAUCAUGUCGAGUGAAAGCUGACAACUCUGAUGGGACUUUGAGUGGCGAACGUGUCAUACUGACUGAGCAGACAUUGGAGCGAGAACUGCAGAUUGCUAUUGAAGAAGAAAACUAUGCCCGAGCAGCAAAAAUCAGGGAUAGUCUUAAAACUCUCCAAGAGGAUAGCAAGGCUUCAGUAUUAGGAGCGAAUGCCAGGUUUUAUAAUUCGUUCAGAAAUGGGGAUUUGGCUGCUAUGCAAGCUCUCUGGUCUAAGGAUGAGCAUGUGUGUGUUGUGCAUCCUGGUGUCAGUGGCAUAUCUGGUAAUGACCUUGUGAUGGGGAGUUGGGAAAUUGUAUGGGCGGACUAUGAUUUCCCACUAGAUAUUGAGAUUAAAGACGUUCAAGUUCAUGUAAGAGGUGAUGCAGGGUAUGUCACGUGCAUUGAAAUGGUUAAGAAAAAGGAUAAUAACUGGAGAAGACACUUCGCCACAAAUGUUUUUGAGAGGAUUGAUGGUCAGUGGUUCAUGUGUAUUCACCAUGCAUCGUAUAUUGACCUGUGA